ACCCCCGCGGGGGUGCUGGGGGGUCUGUGGGCCUCUGCGCUUCCCCCCGUGGGGCGCAGUGAGAUUUAGGGACCUCUCGGUCCCCUCGCCGAGGGGUUGGUGGCUCCCGCGCUGGCUCCUGUGGGUCGCAGUGGGGGUCACGGCGUCCUGUGGGGGCUGCUCCAGCCCUGCUCCCCGUCUCCGGGCAGGGGUCUGCUGGUCGCAGGCACCCCACAGCGCUCGGAGUCCCUCUCUGCUCGGGCCGCUCUCCCCCUGGCACCCCCAGAGUGUGGGGGCUUGUGGCGGAGCCUCCGCAGAUGGGGUUUGCCCUGAGCCUGGGCUCCGCCUGGUGUGUUUUCUCCCUGCACCCAGAUAACUCCAGUUUGUGGCUCUGCGUGCAGCAGAUAAUUUGAAUACACCUCCGUGGUGUGUGGGAGAAGAUCCCUUGUGCUGGUCUUUGUUGCCUUUUAGAAACAUAUAAAGAGGGAGGGAGAAAGCUGUUGGGUUUGGUUUGUUUUUUGUUUUUUUUUUCUAAAUGCAAAACUGCUAGAAAGGCUUGUUUGUUUUAAAAGGAGGGAAAAGAGCUUCGGAAACCAGGCAGCGCCAGGGUCUGCCCACCAGAGCCGUGCGUCAGGGAGGACACCACUGCCAUGCUGCAGGCCCCUGGGUGGUCUGUGUGUGGAGCAGAGCACGAUGCCUUUCCUGCACGGCUUCCGCAGGAUCAUCUUUGAGUAUCAGCCCCUGGUAGACGAGAUCUUAGGGUUGCUGGCGAUACAGGAUGCGGAACAGCAGAGCACCCUUGAGAGCCCUGCCUGUCUGGGCAGUGACAGGAGCCAGCUCUCGGCUGUGAGACGAGUCUUGGAGAGGGAGACCCACUCCCCAUUUUAUCAGGAAGGUGUGAGCUAUGCCCUGCUGAAGGUCACUGAGCUGGGGCUUGUCCCCGCUGCGGAAAUCCUCCUGGAGUUCGGAGCUGACCUCAGCUUUGAAGAUCCAGUCACCUACUACACCCCCCUGCACAUCGCAGUGCUCCGCAACCAGCCAGAUAUGGUGGAGCUCCUGGUGCACCAUGGGGCCGACAUCAACCGGAGAGACCGGAUCCAUGAGAGCAGUCCCCUCGAUCUGGCCAGCGAGGAGCCUGAGCGGUUGCCGUGCCUCCAGCGGCUGCUUCAGCUGGGGGCCGAUGUCAACGGGGCGGAUAAAAAUGGUCCGUGUGCCCCGUCCAGCUGCCCCAGGCCGGGAAAGACAGCGCUGUUGCACGCCCUGGCCAGCAGUGACGGCGUCCAGAUCCACAACACCGAGAGCAUCCGCCUCCUGCUGGAAGGAGGUGCAGACGUCAGGGCCACCACCAAAGACGGUGACACUGUCUUCACCUAUGUCAUCUUCCUGCUGGGAGAAAUGGUGUGCAGCAACACUGAGGAGGCACAGGUUAUCAGUCGCUUCUGCUUCUGUGUCACACAGCUGCUGCUAGCUCACGGCGCCAACCCCAGCGAGUGCCCGGCCCCUGAGUCCCUCACCCACCUCUGCUUCAAAAGCUUCAAACGCCACUUCCCACUGCUACGCUUCUUGCUGGAGUCAGGUGCUGCCUACAACUGCUCCCUACACGGUCCCUCGUGCUGGUCAGGCUUCCACAUUGUCUUCGAGUGCCUCUGCUCGCACCUCAGUGUUUCUGAAGAUGACAGCUUCUCUACAGACCUCAUCCAGAAGGGUCAGACUCUGCUGGAGCUCAUGAUGGCCAGUUCACAAGCCAUCCAGCUGCCCAGCAACUUUGAGGUCAACACCAGCAGCUGUAGGUACCACGGGGAGAAGAUCAGGACUCUUUUCUGCUCUCUGAAGCAGCUGGAACGCUCCCCACAGGCAUUGAAACAUCUCUGCAGGGUGUUUAUCCGGCAGCACCUUAAACCGUGGCCAGUAGAUGUUAAAAUCAAGGCUCUACCUCUUCCGGACAGGCUGAAGUGGUAUCUCCUCAUUGACCACACCGCUGCUGGGCACGAGGACCACUGAGCCUGACUGAUGCCUCCCUGUGUGCCCCCUCCGUGGUCACGGUGUGCCUACAGCUGCCAAAUCUCUGCUCUGGGCCAGUUUUCUCCACAGCAAGAGGUGUUGCUGCCCAUGCACGUGCCCACGGCUUGGCCUGUGCUGCCCACAGUGUCCCUCUCUGCUGUGGUUUUUUUGGGGGGUGGGGUGUGUGCUUUUUUGGGCACAAUGCCCCCCAAAGUUCUGGGAGGUGGGCAGAGCUCUGUGGCUUCCUGGGGUGAAGAGAGCCCCAGGGCACUGGGGAGACAGAUGCUGGGGCAAAGGGCUGGUUUGUGGUGGAUUUUUGAAGAAAAAACCUGGCGGGCAGGACACGUGGGGUGGUAGGGCUGGAGAAGCAGCUUGUCCCCCCUCUCUCUCCAGCCCUGCGGGUCCCGGGCGGUGAAGCAGUGCCUUAGGUUGACUGGUGGAGGUGAGAUGCCUUGGGGUGCUGGGAGAUGUUUCCUGUGCCAGGAGAGCUCUGGCAUCUGUGUCCUGGUUUCCUGGUGGAGGUCUGGCAUCUCCAUGCAGACACCCUCCUCACUCGCGUGGGCUUUGGAACCGCGGGUGGGGUGUGGGGAAACGGGGCUGGCAGCGAUGACCAGCUGCUCCACACCCUCUGAGUUUCUGCACCCCAUCCUCCCAGCUCUGAGGAUCAAGGACAUCUCGGAGGUGCUGAGCUCCAAAACUGACAAAUGGAUAUUUCUCAGCUUUGUGGUGCAUUCCCUGGGCAAGGACAAGGCACGGGUGGCUAACUGCUGAGUGCCUUGGGCCUCCCUCCCUGAACUUGGCUCUUCCCCUUGCUGACUGCCCCCAGGACUGUGGUCUCUGGUGCCUCCUUCCAGGAACAAGAAGUUGCACCAGGACUUGGGAUUCUUUCCAACCUGCUAAUGGAAUCUACAAACUGGGGCUGCACAGGGAGGUCCCAUGUCCCAGCCUUGCCACUGCCAUCUGGCUCGCCCUUCUAGGCAUCUGCUUCCUCAGGAUGUGCCAAAGACUGGCCGCAGAGCUGAGCCCCCCGCGUUUUUGUUGGUUUGUUUUGUUGUUUGUCAUGGGGGACAGAUGCAGAAGAGGAUGAAAAAUCUACUCUGCACAGGUACAGUUUACAGCAGAUGGAUCUGGGAUCCGCUGGCAGUUUGGCUGCAGAAGGGUUGUCUCCCCCCUCUGCCCUCCUGGCAGCAUCCGAGUGUUCCCUUCUCACACUCUGUGGAACUGGAGCUGUGUGUCCUGAUGAAUUGAUGUUUAAAAAAAAAAAAAAAAAAAGAUAAUGUGAUCAAAUACUCCCCUGGUGUCUGGAAUGGGAAACGAGCAAUUAAAGGCGGCCUUUUA